AUGGAGACAGAACAAGAACGAGCACGAGACCUGGAUAUAAUUGGCGUGAUCAAAGAAUCAUUUAACCUUGUUAUUUCAUGGAAGACAAUUUUCGGGCAGAUUACAUUAUUCCACAUCCUUCCCCUUUCCAUAACCUUCAUGUCCCACAUUUGGAUAUCAGAAUGGCUUUUCGGAGAAAUCACAUAUGAUGAGGACUUGUUAUUAUUCACCAGGGCCGGUUCUCCUACCUACAAUGACAUCAUCGACCUCAUUCAGACCGAGAAGAUGCUCUUCAUCCUAUUCACAAUCCUCUACUACAUUUUCGCCAUCAUAUUCUCCCUCAUUUCAACGUCUGCUGUCGUUUACACCAUAGCCUGUAUUUACACAGAAAAAGACCUGACCUUCAGGAAACUGAUGACGGUGGUGCCACGAGUCUGGCAGAGGCUCAUGGUCACUUUCAUGUGGAGUUCUUUCAUCGUCUUUGCAUACAACAUCGCGUCAUGCUUUGUUCUUGUCACUGCUAUCAACAUAGAAGCAAUAACCGACGCCUGGGGACUCUUAAUUUUCCUGAUCACAUACCUUAUCGGCUUUGCCUACAUUGGCAUUGUCUGGCAGCUGGCCUGUGUCACAUCCGUACUAGAAGAUCUCAGCGGAAUACGAGCCAUAAGUAAAAGCAAAGAUCUGAUCAAAGGCAAGACACUAGUUGCCGGGACAAUCUAUGUUCUAGUGAACACAAGUUUUGCAGGAAUCCAAGUGGAGACCAUAAUGUUGGGGCCUGAUCCAAUGCAAGAAUGGGGAAACAUAUCUGGCUACGCCAUUCUCUGCGUCGCGCUUGUGGUUCUGAUAUUAUUUGGUUUGGUUAGCCAGACAAUCAUAUACUUUGUUUGCAAAUCUUAUCACCAGGAGAAUAUUGACAAGCCUUCUUUAGCAGAUCACUUGGAAGAGUUCACAGGAGAAUAUAUGCCACUACUAGACAAGGAUGUUCAGUUGGGGAAAAUUCCAGCCUAA